GAGGAGCAGAUAAGUUUGUUGAAUCCUUUAUUUGAAGGAUAAUAAAAUCGACUUUUGGGGCUGCUGGUGGAUAGCAUUGAAGACGUAAAUUUUUCCGAUCAGUUUCACUUUUAACCACUUGGAAGCAGCUGCAACAAUAAAAUGUGGAAAUCUAACAUCAACCCUCCCAAAGACGCGCCUAUUCUAACAGAUCAGGAUCCUCCUGCGGUUGAUGGCGGUGAUGAGAAUCCAGAGCGAGGAAACUGGGCCAAUAAGACAGAAUACAUCCUCUCUUUGAUUGGUUACACAAUCGGUCUGGGAAAUAUAUGGAGAUUUCCUUAUUUGACCUACAAACACGGCGGGGGUGCCUUUCUGAUUGCCUACUUGACAAUGUUGGUUUUAUUCGGGACUCCACUUUACUUCCUAGAAGCUGCCGUUGGUCAAUUCUCCAGUCAAGGAGCAGUCAAUGUAUGGAGAGCCGUGCCUCUACUUCAGGGGGUCGGCAUCGGAAUGAUCAUUUUAACCGGGCUGAUGUCGAUCUACUACAACGUCAUUGUGUCCUAUGGCAUCUUCUACCUGUUCGCCUCCUUCCAGUCUCCUUUGCCGUGGCACGUGUGCCAAAGCUCAGCCGAUACAAACUGCAGCGACGCAUCUUUAGUACAUUGCAAUACAAGCAGUGCUUUAGCGGCCAACUGGACUCAGGACAACAGAACUUGCACUCCAUCUGACAAGAUAACACUUGGAGCCCAGAGCGCCAGCGAGCAGUACUGGAAUCGCGUGGCUCUGCGGAGAUCCAGUAAUAUCGAAGAGACGGGUCCAAUAGUUUGGCACUUGGCUCUCUGCUUGCUGCUGAGCUCCAUCCUUGUUGCUGCAGUACUCAUCAAAGGGAUCAAGUCAUCAGGAAAAGUUAUGUAUUUCACCUCUUUGUUCCCGUAUGUGGCGCUUGUGAUCCUGCUGAUCAGAGGAGCGACACUCGAAGGAGCCAGAGAUGGCAUCGAUUUCUACAUUGGAGCUAACUCCAACCUAACAAAACUGACAGAAGCAGAGGUCUGGAAAGAUGCGGCAACUCAGACGGCGUUUUCUCUCUCGAUUGCUAGUGGGGGACUUAUAACUCUUGCUUCUUAUGGCAAGUUCCACAACAAUAUGUUCAUCGACUCUAUGGCUAUAAGCUUCAUCAACCAUGCAACAAGUAUCUUAGCAGGCUUUUCCAUCUUUUCCAUUUUGGGUCACAUGUCCUACAUCUACCAAGUUCCUAUUGACGAAGUGGUGAACGACGGAUUCGGCCUGGCGUUCAUUACAUAUGCAGAAGCCCUGACCAAGCUUCCCAUUUCCACUUUUUGGUCAAUCAUCUUCUUUUUCAUGAUAUUUGUCAUUGGCCUGGACUCUCAGUUCACAAAUUUAGAGGUGGUCUCCACCAGCAUCACUGAUGCCUUCCCGAAAUCAAAGCGGGCCUACGUAAGCUUUGGUUGUUCCUGUAUCGUCUUUUUAUUAGGCCUGCCAUUAGUCACAGAGGCGGGAAUAUAUUGGGUCAGUCUAAUGGAUGCCUUUAUUGCAAAUUGGGUACUGCUCGUUUUGGCUCUGAUGGAGCUCAUUGGCUUCAUCUACAUAUAUGGUAUGAACCGAUUAAUUGAAGACCUUGAGAUGAUGAUUGGGAAAAAGAGCGUCUGGUUCUGGCUAUGGUGGAAAGCAUGUUGGUUCGUUAUCAGCCCGUGUAUCCUGUUGGCCAUUCUGGUGUGGUCUCUUAAGUCUUUUGAGGCCCCCAACUAUGGAGGAGUAAAGCUCCCAACUUGGGCGGUGGCAUUGGGUUGGUGCCUAGCUGCUCUACCACUCGUAUGUAUCCUCAUCACUGCAGUUUAUAAGCUGAGCAGAGCAGAAGGAAAUCUUUGGAAGCGCAUAAAGUCACUGUGCUACCCUUCGGAGGAAUGGCACCCUUUUCUGGACAUCCAUCGAGGAGAACGCUAUUCAGAGGAAAACCGCAGGAAAAAAGCCUCAAAAGCAACAGAUGGUGAACAAAUGUCAAUGGCGGUGUUCAGUAGUAUGUGACAAUACGGAAACGUGACACUAUUUAUGAAAUUUGAACUUGAAGUGAAAAGAUGAACAUUUCUACACCCUCUGCCAAUCCUUCCUUUCUUAUCACUGAAUUAAAAUAUGCCAGCAGAAUACGUGACAAAAGGAGACAUGCAUUUCAAGACUACACCUCAUAUUCAUGUCUAUAUGUACAGUUGUUGUAUCAUAAUUACA